AUGCGACUUAAAUCUGUUAAUAAGCAGAAGUUGUCGAAAGAGAGGGAGGUAUUACAAUUGCGUAAUAAAGAACGAUCUCUAACAGAAGAACUUCAUACCACGAGAGCUGAAGUGGACCAGCUUACAGAGUGUCUUGAGCACUUGAAAAAUCAAAUAGCUCAAAGUACGCACCAGAUUUCAAUGAUAGAGAUGUGCAAGGUCUCAGAGGAUUUGAAGAUUGAAGCACAUAUUGAUGUCCUCAAUGAGCACUUGAGAGGUUUCCAGCAGCUGUUUGAAAGAGAUCAAAAAGAAUUAGAGAAUCGUAUUAAAGAACAAAAAGAGAAAGAAGCAAAACAGCUAGAAGAACUGAGGGAACAAGAGAAGAAGUUAGCAGAAGAAAAGGAACGGCAGGAUAGAGAAAAAAGAAAUAACGCUAUCAUGUUGAAAUUGAGGAAAAGACUGCUCGAGGUCGAAAAUGCAAGACGCGAAGUAGUGAAGAGGAAUGCUGCCCAACUGAGCAACAACAAUGAAGAUACAAAUAAAUAA